GUUGCCUGCUUUAUUGAGUGGGAUAUUCUGCAGUAUAAAAUACAUGAUCACACCCGUCUGUGAUUACAAAGUGAAAGUAAAAUAAAACAACAAUAAAUAAAACGCGCGUUAGUGUCUCAGCAGCAGCCCUGGCUUUCAUUUCUAAGAGGAGCAAACUGUUCUUUCUCUAACAGGGCGGGGGAUCAUGGCUGAAGAAACUGUUUCUCAAGAGCUGCGCAGCGCCUCUGAGCUGAGGAUCGUGCUGCUUGGGGGAAACUGGGCUGGGAAGCGUGCAGCAAGAAAUACCAUCCUGGGCAGAGGGGACUCUAUAUCUGGAUUCAGCUUCUCUGCAAGAACGAGGGAGUGUGAGAAGAGAACAGGAGAAGUGUCUGGGAGACAGGUCACUGUGGUCAACACUCCAGACUUGUUACACACAGACCAGGUUGAGAUUGAGAGAUGUGUUUCUCUGUCUGCCCCGGGACCCCACGCUUUCCUCCUGGUGAUACCCGUGUAUACAAAAGAAAUGACUGACUCUGUCCGUGAGUUUAUAGUAGAAGAGUGUUGCGAAUCCUUUGAUAAAGUGCAGGAGCUGUUUGGUGAGAGAGCUGUGAGGAACACGAUGAUCCUUUUCACCCGCGGGGAUUAUCUGAGAGGCAGGACGAUUGAGCAGUACAUUGAGGAAGCUGGUGAGGAGUUCCAGCAGCUUGUUGAGAAAUGUGAUUACAGGUAUCAUGUUCUCAACAAUAUGAACAGGAACGAUCGCACUCAGGUCACACAGCUCCUGGACAAGAUAGACAACAUG